GUUCCCCAGAUCAGCGCACUUGUCCGAGGCACCGAACAGCCGGGCCACAUAGGACUCGGCGCCGCGCAGGGUUGUACUGCAGUGAGGUGCGAUUGAUUAAAGCAGAAUCGGGCUGCGAGGUCACGGGUCGCUGGCAGCAGGUCACGGGUCGCUUUCCGCUUCACGGGCGAACUUCUCCCAUCAUAGCCCUCCGCUCAACGCUUACAGGCUUAAUAUCAACUUACAAGAAGCGGCAUAGACUUACACUUUCGCUGUAAGGUUGUGGACACCGUGCAUACCAGCAUCGUGUGCCAACGCUUGCGACCAUCCAGGAUGCACUGACUUGCGCUUGGUCGACUUCGGCUCGAUACAUAGCAGCCGCGGUAGCAGCGAACGGCAAGGACUAGCAUGGCAAAAGUAAGCAAUGUGGCCGCGCCUUCUGCGGCUGGAUGGUGCGAGGACUCGGCCCUUCUCCACGCCAUCUACGACUUCCCCCAUCUCUCAGCCGCGGCACACCAGCAGGAUGCAACUGCGAGUGGGCUUGCGGAGUUGUUUGCAAAGUUCGUGGCUCAGUUGCCUCUGGCAUCUGGGUCAGGCGAGCUAUCGGCGACAUCGGACGCUUCGUUCACUUCGUUCUCCAGCAGCUGCUGGGCGGACCUCACACCUGACGACCGCACAUCUCUUGCCGCAACCGCCAACUACAUCACGUCGGACCAGCAGGUGACGUGGUUUGCCGACUUCGGCUGCGCGCUCCUGGCCACCGGAGCGCUCGGGGGUGAUACCGGUGAGGCACUGGCGGUAUGUGAGGACCUCCGUCCACAGCCAGACCACAUAACUCUUCAUGUGGUGGCAUCGGAGUGCUGGCGCUUCGAGGCUCACGGUUCCCCCGGCGGUUCGGUACAGCACACCGCCAAGCCCGCUGCCGGCCCCGACAACGCGCCCACCGUGUGGUCAUGCGGCAACACCAUCCCCAAGUCCGGCCUGCCGUGCGUGCUGGGCAUCAUGCACGAGCUGAUCACCAAGAGCUGCAAUGCCAAGGCCAAGGAUGGUCAAAAGAGCUUUCAGCGCACCCCUGCCUUCAUCGUCGAAGUCGCUGGGCUGGCACUGCAGCGGCUGUGGGAGCAAGAGCAAGACGAUGGUGGGGGCCGCGGCGGUACCGGUGUGGCGAGCCAGCUGCCGCAACCGCGCGGCGGCACUACGGAUGUGGGGCAACACACCGGCCACGACACCGUGCGCAACACUUGCUGGCCUCUGGUGCGGGCUGUCGUGCAGGUUUCGCUGCAGUCCAUGCGCUUGUGCGGCCCACAGCAGCAGCCCGACCUGCUGUUCCGCCGCGCCAUGGCCCACAUGGACCUGUGGCUGCUGCGCCGCCAGGUGCAGUGCCUGAGCAGCCCCGCAGCAGCCGCCACGCCGAUCGCACUCACGGCGGCCAUGCACAUGCUGCACGCCACUGCCGCAAAGGCCGCAAACCUGGCGGCAGAGGGCGAGGACGUGUCGGCCUUUGUGUCAGCGUGUGACAUGUCACGGUCGGAGGUGGAGAGGGUGGCGGCAGAGCGGGCGUGGCAGGCGGCGGAACAGCAAAGCUUGCCUGACGUGGACUCUCCGGACGCACUGGGUGAGAUGGCGCUUCCAGCCGGUGUGCUCCCGGGACUGCCGCCGGCUCAGCGGACUGCUGGCGGUCUGGAGGCAGCGCUGCAGCGCGCCCAGGCCAACCUGGGCUCCGCGCCGCUACUGAAGCCGGGCGCUGCCUUCGUGGAUAUGCAGCAGAUGCUGGAGUCAGCGCUCUGGUCCAAGCCUGCCGGUGACGCAACGGCGCAGCUUGUGCUUCGCUCCGUCGAGCGCGAGUUGUUCACACGAGUCACCGCGCUGCUGCCGGCGGGGAGCAGCAGCCGGCCUCAGCUGUCGGAUGCAACCCUGGAGGCGCUGGAGGCGGUUGUGGACGGGUACCGCGACGCGCUGCACGCCUUCCUGCAAACGCCUGCGGCGCAGUCCGCCAUGCAGCCGGACGUGCGCAGCCGCGAGUUGCUGGUGGUGUGGUGCGCCUACUGCCUGGCGCAUGACUCGGUGGCGCGGCGGCACCCGCUGGUGCGCGAGUAUGGGCCUGCGCUGCAGUUUGAGGACCUGCGGCACCUGGUGCUGUCGGACCGGCCAGCGGUGGAUGCGCUACUGGCGGUGGCGGCGUACCUCAACCAGCAGCAGCAGUGCGGUGGGCCGCCGCUGUUUUCACUGCGGGACGGCGGCAGUGGCACCUUCGACUUUGCCGAGCGCUUUGCAGGGCAGGACAGCCUGCUACAGCAGAUCCUGGCCAGGGAGAGGGCAGACGCGGCAGCUCGCGUGGACGCCCACUGGGGUGAGGUGCAGCAGCAGAAAGGUGACUUGGCAAAGGCGCGUCAGGAACUGGCGUCCCUGCAGGUCACUGAGCAAAGCUUGCGGACCCAGCUCAGCCGGGCAGACUACUACUCGUGGGAAUACGAUCACACCAAGACCCGCAUCAACAGCAACUUGUCGGCUCAAAGCAGCUGCACGUCCCGCAUCAGCAGUCUGGAGAAACCGCCGGCACCGGUGCUGCAGCCGCUGCCUGCCGCAAACGGCCUGGCGCGGCGGUGGCUGUUCUUCCUCCACAUGCCGCCGGCCUUCCGCUGCCUGUCGCGGCUCAGCUUCCUGGGGCAGCAGGUGCUGCUGCCGCGGCCGCUGGACGGCCGCAGCCCGCAGCUGGCAGCUGUGUAUGCAGCUGUGUCGGUGCAGCUGCCACCCACAUCUGUUGUCGCUUAUUACAACGAGCGCCGCGCAGUUCGCGCCUACAUCUCCAUACCGACUCAGACCUUUGAUGGCAAGGAUGGCGCCGUCAUGCUUUACGCGAGUGGCGAGCCGCCUCAGAAGGUUGGGCCCACAAGCAUCGACCACUACAACUCGCCAGCCGAUGGCGUGUGGUACCCAGACUCCCUGGAGCCCCACUUGUUUUGGAGCGGCACCGGCAGCGCCGCCGACAGCGGCUGCGGCCUCCCGACGUGCUUCAACCCGUUCGCGCGUGUGGAUGUCACCACCGUGGAGGAGUUCUUCACCGUGCGGCUGCCGGGCAAGGCGGCGGUGCUGCAGUGGGCGGCGCACCAGCACGGGACGGGGGAAACCACACCGCGAGAGCGUGGUAACAUGGCGCUAGCGAAUCAAGAAUCUUGCCCGACUGAGUUGCUGUCCAAGAGCGAGUUCCUGCAGUUCGGCCGCAUGCGCGCCCACCCGCUGCAGCAGCUGCGGAAUCUGUGCGAGGUGCUGCGGCGGCAGGACCAGGCGCUGCCGCUCACCGGACCAGCCGUGCAGCUGCUGCUGCGGCAGCUGCUGUUCCAUGUCGGGCCCAUCCACAUCAGCACGGCUGGCAGCAGCAGCACCGCCAGGAGUCGGCACCCUCAGCUGCUUUGGCGCACGGGCUGGGAGCAGCCUGGGGAUGUGCUGGAUACGCUGUGUGCGGAGUUGGGGGCCCUCGCCGACACUCUGGACGGCAAGGUGCGAGAUCACGAUGCCAUCCUGCUGCUGGGCGAGGUGGCGGCUUACCUGGCGGACUGGCACGCACCGUGCGGCGCCGUGGCGCGCCGCUUUGCCGUCAUCACCAUGAGGGAGGCAGACCGGCUGCAGGCGGAGCUGGAUGCAGCAGCAGGAAUAGCGGGAGAUGACCGACGCGUGUCGGAACUGCUGGCGCGGCAGGUGCGCUGGCGGGUGAUGGCGCUGCUGUGCUACGGCGCCGGCCCGCUGGCGCCUGCUGGUAGCAGCACCGGUCAGAAGCAUCAGGCAGCGGAUGUGGCGGUGAUGGUGCGGCUGAUGGUUCAGAUCUGCCACGGCCUGACCUUCCAGGAUGACCCUGCUAAGCUGAAGGAGCUUCAGCUGCUGCGCGCCCGCGCGCACAACGUCAUGGCGUCACGUGUGGAGCGGCUGCGUGAGCUGAUCAGCGGGCGCGAGGACGCAGUGCUCACGGCCGCAGUGGCAAGUGUGCUGGAGCGCACACCGGCGUCGCUGAACUGGUAUGAGUUAAUAUACCCUACGUUAGCGCAGCAGCCGCCAGCAGCCAGUUAUCAGGCGGAGGGCUCGGACGGGCGCCUUUACAGUAUCAACAUCCUGGAUGGCACCGUCCUGUUCGACGGCUGCCCGCCCAGCCGCCUGCCCAAAGAGAUUGUCCAGCAUCCGCUAUACGUCCGCACCUUUGGCAGCUUCAACUUCGAGGUGGCAUUUGCUGGGGGUACAGAGCAGGGCGGCGGCACUGAGAUGGUGCUGCAGACGCUGCGCAAGGUACGGGGUCGGCUCUACGACUUCCGCCUGUGCGCCGCAGCAGCCAGCGAGCAGUCAGUGCAGCUGGUGAUAACGGAGGUCGAUGCAGAGAACGGAAGCGAGCGGCUUGAGCUGCUGGACGCGGGGGCCGACAGCAGCUGCCGCGGCUGGGGCGAGCAGCUGCCGGUGCGGCUUCGCGAGCUGCACAGCCACUGGCUGAGCCGGCAGCGCGGCGUGCUGGUGUUGCGGCCGCGCAGCUUCCAGGAGCACGACUGCGCCUACCUGGCCAAGUGCCUGCCUGGCAGUGGCAGCAGCGCAAGCAGCUUGAGGCUGCCAAUCAGCGCAGCAACGCCCAGCAAGUACGACUGCCGGCGUGUGCCCCUGCAUAAGCAGUCACAGCACUGGUUAGAGCUGCUGUCGCUACUGCUCAUUGAAGGGCAGGCAGCAGCCGAGGCAGCCGCGGCGCAGUCGGCGUUGCUCGACCGCCUGGUGCUGCUGCGGGGAUCCAAGGUUGUGGACUCUAUCCUCGCCAAGUUCGAGGACCCGCGUUUCAUCCACACCUUCAUCAGUGUCAGCAGCGGCGAGGCGUCGUUCGAGCUGCCCCGCUGUGGCCUGGAGUUCAGCAUGGAGCAGCAGGCGCCAGGGGCUGGGCAGCAGCAGUUGGGCGCGCACCAGGCCAGCUGCUGCCAGCUGCUAUCGCGCAACUACACCGGCUACCGCCUGAGGCGGGUGCAGCAGCUGGCUGAGCGCUGCAACACGGGCGGUGGCGCAACAGGCACAGUCACCUACACGCUGCCCGAGUUCCGGCAGUACCUGGUCCUGGAGCGCAUCCCGCAGCCGUCCGUAGCGCCUGUAGGAGCUCAGCGUGCGGAGGUGCUGGUGCUGGUGCCAGCGGGCGUGGUGGCCAGCCGCGUGUGGGAUGCCAACGGCGAUGGCAGUAAUGUUACUGGCGUGGAGGCGCUUGUCUGCAUCACCCUUCCAGCACGCAGCUCAGACAGUAUUAAAGUGCAAUGCUAUGAGGUGCACGGCCGCUUCGGCCACAUGCGCGCCGGCACGCGCCUAGCACGGCUGCAGCUGGCGGCGCUCUACGCCGCCACCUCCACUCUGCUGCCGGAGCCGGGCAGUCGCUGCACCGGGGCUCAGAUGGCCAUGGAGCUGCUGCGGCAGUGCUGGAUCAACCGGCCGCUUGGGGCGGCUGAGGCGGAGCAGCUGGCGGCGGUGGAGCGUCUAGGCGGCCAUCUGGCGCCGGGGCUGCACCUGCUCGCACACGACCUCGCCGCCAGCGCGGCGCAACUGAUGCACCUGCACGCAGCGUCAGCGGCGGGCACGCUGCCAUCGUCUUCGGCUACCCAAACUGCAGGGGCAGUUGGCGGCUCAGCUGCUCCGGGCACCGGCAGUGGCAACACCUCCGCCCUUGAUGCACAUGACCGCACGGUUAUGCCGCGCCUGUGCGCCGACCAUGCACAUGCAUACGCAGCGCGCUGGCGUGCAGCAGAAGAGGACCUGCCACCAGGCUGGGGUGUGAACCCGCGCCUGCUGCUGACGCCUAUUGAGGAGGAGCGGACUCUGGGCAGGCUCCUGCCCUGCAAAGGGCCACCGGCUUGGCGUCGGCAACGGCAUUUCCAGCUGAUCUCCGUGCUGGAGGUAGCGCCGGCGAUUCCAACUACAUUCGUGAAGGAAACGGAGGCCGAGCUGCAGAGCCUGCUGCUGGUGCCACCGGGCAGGUCAGCUAUAGCGCCGGCGCCCUACCCGCUUGCCGCGUCUCACGUGCCGCUGCGGCCGCUCGAGGCGGACAUGCACGCUGAGCUGCGCGAGAGCUGGGAGGCGCACCACUUGCAGCCGGACCUUGCGGCGUAUGGCGUCAAGCCAGGGUGCCUGGAGCGCGUGCGUGGCCUUAAGGGCACCACAACUGCGCACCGCCGCAGCCUGGAGGCGCACCUGCUCAGGCAGCUGGCGCUGGUGCCGGUGACUGUGGGCUGCCACGGCAGCAGCCUGCGCCUGCUGAGGGCCGGUGCUGCCGCACCCGAAGCUGGGCCUCUGGACCUGAUGCGAGUCGCGGUGCGGCCCGAGCUGGUCGCUGAGUUCAACCCCUUCUUGUCGCGUGAGGCGGCGCAGGAGCUGCAGCAGCGCAUGGGGAUGUGGCUGCAGCUAUGUGUGCUGGAGGACAGGCUGGGGCGGGUGGAGGCGCUGGCGGCGGCGCGUGAGGCGGGCGAUGACUGCCUGCCACAGCUGGUGCAGGAGCUUGGCGUGCACCGCACCUGGGACGCGGCGGCGCACCCGGAGUGGCUGGUGUUUGAGGUGGAGUCGCAGCUGCAGAUCCGGCCGCAGCAGUACACCGUGGCCCGCAUGCUGAUGGAAGGCGGUGACGGGCCCAUCGCACAGCUCAACAUGGGCGAGGGCAAGACGCGCGUCAUCCUUCCCAUGCUGGUGCUGGCGCUGGCGGAUGGCAAGCGCGUGGUGUCGCUGGCGUUCCUGUCCACGCUGCUGGAUGAGGCCUAUGCCUACCUGCACGGGGCGCUGUGUGCGGGCGUGCUGGGCCGCAAGCUGUUCACGAUGCCCUUCCACCGCGACAUCGAGCUCACGCCGGCACGCGUGCUGCGCAUGCGGGCGGCGCUGGCGCACUGCAUGCAGGGCCGUGGAGUACUCCUGGUGGCACCCGAGCACCGCCUGUCGCUGGAGCUCAAAUGGAAGGAGCUCCUUCUGGAUCACACGCAAGAUUGUAUGGCUGCAGCGGAAGCGGUCAGUGCUUCGCCCGGCUUGCGGCAGCAGGUUGUCACACAGCUGGCGGCGCUGCUGCGCGACCCCGUCCUGAGCAUCCUGGACGAGAGCGAUGAGCUGCUGCACCACCGGUAUCAGCUCAUUUACGCGUGUGGCGGCAAGGCCCCUCUGGUCAGUUUUGAGGCCCGCACCGGCGCCAUCCGCGCUGUGUUCGACUCCAUCGCCUUCCUGUCCAACAGCGGUGAGCUCCUCCUGCCGCACGCCAGCCGUGUUCUGGAGCCACCCAUGACAUCCAGUCCGGACGAGGAUGCACCAUCCGGAGGCACAAUGGACCCUGUGGCGGCAGCUGCCACAGCCGGCAUGUUCUGCGGCCUGCGGCUGCUGCCGGGCCCAGACCUGGAGGCCGCCCUGCCCGCCUUCCACGAGCAGCUGGCACGUCACGUGCUGGACCACCUGCCGUUCGAGUUCCAGAAGAUGGCCAACCUGCUGGACCCGGAGAUGAAGGAGCGGGUGGUGGCUUGCAUCACCGGCACUAACACGAGUGCCGAGGAGGCGCUGGGCGAGGAGCUAAUGGCCAAGCUGACGGGCCCGGGCGGCGGCUCGGGCCUGUACGAGUUCGUGCUGGCGCUUCGUGGGCUGCUGGGCUGCGGCAUCCUGAGGCACGGCCUGACGCUGCGGAAACAGGUCGACUACGGCAUCGACAGGCGCAAAGCCAGCACCGCGAGCAGCGCCACACGUGCCCGGACGCGCAUGGCUGUGCCGUACGGUGCCGCGCACACGCCCUCGGAGCGGUCCGAGUUCGCGCAGCCCGACGUGGCGCUGCUGCUGACGCACCUGGCAUACCGCUAUGACGGACUGACCCUGCCUGAGUGCACGGCCGCGGUAGAUCGGUUGUUGCACGGGCUGGGCAAGGAGGCGGCGGCGGACCACUAUCGCGAGUGGCUGGAGCUCUCGGUUGACAGCAUCCCGCACGACGAGCUGGCUCGUUUUGCGGACGUGAACCAGCUGGACGCCAGCAGCAGCUCCCAGAUGGCGGCCAUGCACCGCCACCUGCGCCGCAACACCGCUGUGGUGGACUUCUGGCUGCGCUUCUGUGUGCUGCCGGCCGAGACCCGCCAGUACCCCCAGCGGCUGGGGGCGAGUGCCUGGGACCUGGCGGCGGCGGGCGCCCGCGUCAUGGGCUUCAGCGGCACCAAUGACAAUUACCGGCUACUGCCGCUGCGCGUGCACCAGGCGGUGCCAGAGGACGCUGCCCUGAAGGCCACGAACGGCAGGAUGCUGGACGUGAUCAUCAACUGCACUCGUGGCUUCCACACACUGCCGUCUGUAGAGGACUCUGGCGGCGUGCCUGUGUGGCAGUCGCUGCUGCAGAUGGCGCUGGACACUGGGGCGCAUGCGGUACAGGACUGCGGCGCACUGAUGGCGGGCACCAGCAACAGGCGCGCUGCUGUGUUCCUGCUAGCUGGGCCGCGUCUGCAGCGCCUGCAGCAGCUUGGCUUCCGCGGCGUCACCUAUUUUGAUGAGGCGGCGCGCGGCUGGGUGGUACUGGAGCACACCGGCCGCUGCCUGCCACGAGCCAGCUCGCCGCUGCAGGAGCACGAAAACUUCGUGCUAUAUGAUGAGGCGCGCUGCCGUGGCGCGGACCUGAAGCUACAGCGGAGCGCGGUCGGGCUGCUGACGCUGGGGCCGCGCGUGUGCAAGGACAAGCUCAUGCAGGCGGCGGGGCGGCUGCGGCAGCUGGGCCGCGGCCAGGCACUGCGCUUCGCUGCAACCGCUGACAUUGCUGCUCGCGUGGUGGAGUACGCCGCAGCAUCCGGAGCAGCUGGCGGCGCAGCGGCUGCGGUUGCUGCAGCCGCAGGCCCUCGCGCUGUCGACGUGCUGGCGUGGGUGAUGGGCAACACCGUGGACGCCAACCUGCACGGCGUGGCGCAGUGGGCGGCGCAGGGGCUGCACUUCGCGACCACCCUCGGCGCUCCGGAGCGCUCUGUGCAGGAUGAGGUGCUGGGCCUGCGAGAGCUCUACGCGAGCAGCAAGGCGCCGCACCCCGUUGGCAAUGUGGUGGCGGCGGCCGCGAAGCAGGCGCGGCUACGCCGUGGCAGUGGCGCAGGUGGCAGCACCAACAGUUGUGCCGCAGCAGCCCGGGCUGCCGCCGGCAGUCGCGGCAGGCCGGCAACAGCCGGCGAUGCUGAUAGCAGUCUUUGCAUUGGGUCAACGGCAGCAGCAGCAGCGAAGAUCGUAGAUGAGCUUGAGCAGCUGGCGGCGCGCUACGGCGAGGGCCACUCCGUCCGCGCCGGCAGUGGCGCGGACGAGGAGUGUGAGCGGGAGCUGGAGCAGGAGGAAGAGGAGGAGCAGGAGGUAGAAAAGCAGCCGCCGAAGCAGAAGCCCCGGCUGGAGACAGACUGGCCAUCAUACUCCACCGCGUGCACAGCCUCCACUCUGGUGCAGCUGCAAGCAGCCACCGCGCACGGCACGCUGCAGCCGCUUUCUACAGCGGUGGAUUGGUUGGACAGCCAGGACCCGACCCAGCCCAUGGACGCUGUACCCUGGUCAGACAAGGUGUACGUGACCCAGAACUACCUGCACGCCAUCGCGGACCCGCCCGAUGACCAGCCGCUGAACGACUACCUGCGACCGGUGGGCUGGCUGCUGGUGCUGGCGGGCGGGGAGGUGGUGCUGCUGUCGGAGCGCGAGGCAGACCAGCUGCUGGCAGCGGCCUGGCAUGCAGCGGCCAAAGGCGCCGCAGCUGCUGGCCGUAGCGGUGCCGCGGCAGCGGAUGGGCCGCUGCUCGUGAGCCUGGCCUACGCCUGGCAGGCGGUGGCCUUCCCAGCGCAGGCCAAGACGCCGCUGCUGGUCACUAACCUGGGGAUGGCGGCAGCUGGCAUCACGCAGGCCCCUGCGACUGCAUGGGCUCAGCUCAAGGAGCGGCUGGGUGUCCGUCAGCUGAUCAAUGUGCGGGUGUUUGCCGGCGAGACCUCCUACCGGGUCCGCCCGGGCCUUGCGGGCGCCGCACUGGGCAAUGGGAACGCGAAGCUAGAGGCCGCUGCUGUGGAGGCGGAGCUGCGGCGCCUGGUGCAGGGGCGGCGGCCGCAGGUGCAGCAGCUGCUGGUGAUGCGCGGCCGUCAAUCGCAGAUGUCGCGCAGUGACCUGGAGAAGGCGGUGGAGGGGCUGCAGCUGCAGCUGUGAGAGGAAAUUGGAAAUGGGCUGCAGCAACUGCAUCGUCGAAGUCCAUGUGGCCCCACUAACUCCUUGGAGUCCGGAGGCGCGUUGGGAAAAACAAAGGUCCAUGUCGAUGGGGAACAUGUAGCACCAUGUCCGUAGCCUUCUGACUUCCUGAAUCUAAGUAAGCGGCUGCAUGGACACAGAAUAAAAGGGAAUGGCGUGGCAUGCUGCAUGAAAGUCGAAUUCGGUUGCGUUGACAGGGCAAGGUUCGUGGAGUAGCGCGGAUUCUGACGGUUAUGGCUAUUCGUCAGGAACGCCACGAAGGGAUACAGGUGUGUGACGUUGCUUGUUGCGUGUUGGUGGUUGCCUGGCACGGUGUGGCGAAGAAGACGCGCCAUGCAGGCAUUAAGCGCUGUGCACGAGAGGAGCUGAGGGCCCAGGGGGCUGAGGUCACAAAGUUGGAGUUGGUGUCAACUAUCAUGUUGCUGUUGCAUGUUCCUGGUGCAUGUACUCUGCGUGAUGCUUACUUGGCCGUACCGUGGUAUCUGUAGAGCCCAAGCUUGUGCCAACUGCGAGAUAGGAAGCAAGCCAUGCUAUUUGUUCAGCAGCAGAGUUACCGUAUGCACGUUGCCGCGUCCCUGAUCCAGCCGCCCCAGGUGGCCAGGGCCGUAGCCAUAUGCAACCAGGGCUGCCAACAGGAUGGGAUCUACAACCCGUCAAAAACGACU